AAUAUUUUAAAGAACUCGAAGAAGAAUCCAUUCGAGAUAAUUUUGUCAUUAUUUACGAAUUACUUGAUGAAAUGAUGGAUUUCGGAUAUCCUCAAACUACCGAAACUAAAAUAUUACAAGAACCACCAAUGGCAGUAACCAAUGCAGUUUCAUGGCGUUCAGAAGGCAUAAAAUAUCGAAAAAAAAUGAAGUUUUUUUUGGAUGUCAUUGAAUCCGUAAAUUUAUUAGUUAAUGCAAAUGGGAAUGUACUACGUAGUGAAAUUCUCGGGAUAAUUAAGAUGAAAUGCUACUUAAGUGGUAUGCCUGAGUUAAGACUUGGACUAAAUGACAAGGUUAUGUUUGAAAGUACUG